AUGAUUGAAGAAUUUGAAUUCGGCUUAGAAACUUCUACACAAUGUUUAGAUUUACCAAUUCAACAAGACCAACAAGUCAAUGAAAAUAUAAUAAAUAACUUUUUAUUCAUUGAUGAAAACCAAUCUCCUAUUAAUGAAAAUCAAUAUGGGCUUGGAAUUUUUGAUUUCUCUAAUGAAAGUUUAGAAACAAUUCAAAUUUUUAAUACACAAAACGUAUUUAACAUGGUCAAUGAGACAUCUUAUGAUCAAUCAUUAAGCACAACAAUAAAUCAAGAUUAUUUAAAUGAUGUAUUAGUUUCUUAUGAAAUGGAAACCAUUUGUUACGGUGAUCUUAAAGCAUUUAAUGUAGUUUUUCGCCCAGCUUCAUCCGAGGAUGCCAUCAUUCCAGCCAUUAGUG